GUCGCCAAACCCUUUCUUUUUUAACCACAAAAGAACGUAGAGGGAUCGAAGGCCAAUCUGUUACCUCUGUUAUCUCUCGAGCUGGAUACGAUUCGAUUCACUUCGAUUCAUCUGUCUUGUAAUGAUUGAUGCGAUCUUGAUUGCUUGAUCUCCAAGAAUAAGCGCUGGAGAACGGGGGAUCUGAAGCCGAUCGGCGAUGAACCUUAAUUCGACCGUCUACAAGAGGAUGCCUUCCAGGGACCUCGCUGACGACCUCGAUCGAGGGGACGAUGCAUCAGCUGCGUUGGUGAGUGUGGUGGAUCAGAACAGUGGCAAUCCUUCCUGGAAGCUAUCUUUGCCUCACGUUUGCGUCGCGACCAUAUCCUCCUUCCUGUUCGGGUACCAUCUUGGGGUUGUGAAUGAGCCGCUGGAGAGCAUCUCGAUGGAUCUUGGAUUCGCCGGGAACACGCUGGCGGAAGGUUUUGUGGUGAGCAUGUGUUUGGGAGGCGCGCUCAUUGGGUGCUUGUUUAGUGGGUGGAUCUCCGAUGGAAUAGGGCGGCGCAGGGCCUUCCAGUUGACCGCGUUGCCCAUGAUUCUUGGGGCUUUUUUGAGUGCAUCGAGUAGAAGUUUGGAAGGCAUGCUUUUUGGCAGAUUUCUUGUGGGAACAGGGAUGGGUCUAGGACCGACUGUAGCAUCGCUUUAUGUGACAGAGGUUUCUCCUCCUAUGGUGAGAGGUACUUAUGGUAGUUUUAUCCAGAUUGCAACAUGCCUCGGGCUGAUAGCAGCCCUUUUUAUUGGCAUUCCAGUCAAGGAAGUGGUGGGAUGGUGGCGAGUGUGCUUUUGGGUUUCUGCUGUUCCUGCUGCUUUGCUUGCUCUCUGUAUGGAAUUCUGUGCUGAAAGUCCUCAUUGGCUUUAUAAGCGUGGAAGAAUUGGUGAAGCAGAAGUUGAGUUUGAAAGGCUCUUGGGAGGAUCUCAUGUCAAGUCAGCAAUGGCAGAACUAUCCCGGUCAGACAGAGGGGACGAUAGUGAAAGCAUAAAAUAUUCUGAACUAUUUUACGGCCGGCAUUUCAGAGUUGUUUUUAUUGGAACGAUGCUUUUUGCUUUACAACAGUUGUCAGGCAUAAAUGCUGUGUUCUAUUUCUCUUCUGCCGUGUUUAGAAGUGCAGGGGUGCCAUCAGAAAUUGCUAAUGUAUGUGUGGGAUUCGCAAAUUUAUCAGGCUCAAUUAUCGCAAUGCUUUUGAUGGACAAACUAGGAAGGAAGAUUCUUCUUCUAGGAAGUUUUCUGGGAAUGGCAGCAUCAAUGGGUCUUCAGGUUGUUGCAACAACCCUUCACCACCAAGAUUCUUGGCAUGUGUAUCUCUCCGUUGGUGGAAUGCUGUUAUUUGUCCUAGCAUUUGCUUUGGGAGCCGGCCCAGUUCCUGGUCUACUUUUACCUGAGAUUUUUCCCAACAAGAUUCGUGCAAAGGCUAUGGCUUUGUGCAUGUCUGUCCAUUGGGUUGUAAACUUCUUUGUUGGUUUGCUCUUUUUACGGUUGCUAGAGCAAUUAGGAGCAAAGAUGUUGUACUCGAUGUUUGCAUCCUUCUGUCUGACGGCAGCAAUCUUUGUGGGGAAGAAUGUAAUUGAGACCAAAGGCAAGAGUCUCCAAGAAAUUGAAAUCUCACUCCUGUCAGCUGUAUAAGAGUGGAUAGUUGAAUCGACUGGACAGUCUAGUUGCGGAAUUGCAACUGCAAGGUGGUUUCGGAAACUCUCUAUUCAUGGGAGUUGUAUCACUUAUCAAUAUGCUUACCACGUUUGACAAACUUUUGAGCACAUGAACUGCUUCGGGUCACAGACUGGCUGCUGUUUGAGCACAUAAACUGAAUGUAACAGUGCUUGGCUUGUUAUUUAUCCUAGGGGUUGGAUCUUUGAACUGCAUAUGGGAUGUAAAACUACAGUUAUAUCUUGCCAUUAAGAAUUUGUUUUUGGACUAAAAACGGAAGAGUAUGUCACUGAUUUUUAGAAGUAAUCUAUGAUCAAAUAAAUGCCAUCGAGUUGAUUGAA